CGAUACCAGAACACCACCAUCAUCGGGUUCGUGGUUCUUCAGUGUCUGGUUCUUUGGAAGCUUCGGCAUCUUACAUUCUUUUAGUGAUCCGGGAUCUGCGCAUUUAUCACACUCUUUUUCCUCUUCAGACGUUAGUACACAUCACACGUUCAUUCCAUUCUACACAGUUCCGGCAGUAGGGUUACCUAUACAUAAUGGCGGGCGUAAUCGAAGCCAUCGGCAUUAUCUCGGGCCUGCUGGGCAUCGUCCAGUUCGGCAUCGACAACUUUGCCGACCCCAAAACGGUCGGCUCGACCAUCCGCAUCACCGUCGGCCUCGACACUAAGGGAGGCCUCAACAACGCCGGUGGCGACCUGCCCGACGUCCGGCUUUGGAAUGAAGCCGGUGACUUCCUCGGCAUCAAGGCGGACCCGGGCAAGGUCGAGCACGGAGGCUUCAAGGACAUUACUAUCAACCACAAGCGCGACUCGACCCAGCAGCCGACGUACACGCUCUUCUCCGCCAACAACGACGCCAUCUGCAUCGCCGCGGCGUCCAUCACGUGGCCCAACGGUGACAAGUACUCGUGGGUGGGCGACUGGGGCCGGCAGUGCGGCGCCAGCUGGUACUUCUCCAACGUCUUCAUCAGCGGCACCAACGUGAAGCCAGACUGCAUGUGGAUCGACGGCAACAACGACCAGCCGCAGACGGGCUUCCAGAUCCACUGGCCCGAGUUCGUCGACCGCGACGGCAACCAGGUGCCGGCGGACGAGGAGGGCAAGCUGGCCAAGAUGGACUACCUCUGCACGGCCGGCCCGCCGUUCAAGCUGCACAACUUCCCGGACAAGGACCCGCGGGGCAUCACGUACUGGGUCAUCAACAACAACAAGAAGCGGUCGGACUCGGCGGACUCGGAUGGCGAGGUGGACAUCGCGUACGGGCCGGCGAAGCACCCGUCGUCGGCGCGCUUCCGGAACAACUUGUCGUCGUUCGCGGCCAGAAGCAACGGGACGACGAACGCGUGGGCGAACAGGCUGGUGCUGGACAACAGCGCGACGCACCCGGCGCGCGCGCUGUGCGAAAGCGAGACCUCGGCCGGUCCCGACUUCCUCAACGUCGAGGACGGCACGUUCUGCCGCAUGUCGGACAAGACGCUGUGGGCGAUCUGCGGCACGCCCGGCGCGGACGCGGCCAACUGCUUCGAUAAGGACGCGAUGCGGCUCGUGGUCGGCGGCCUCGCGGCCCGCGACUCGCCCUACGAGAACGUGGUCGACUGGACCGCCGGCGCCAACUAAAGGCUGCCCUUGGCUUGGCGGCUGCUGCCGGGGCUGCUCGGGGUGUUAUAUAUAGAUAUAUAUAUCUAUAUGCCCGUGAGGAAGAACCGACCUGACAGGGUUGCGGCGUGGCCUUCUCAACCACACGCGACGUACAUACAUUCGGAGAACAAGGCAGAAAAGAACGCAAAAAAAUUAGACCACCUACCCGGAGCGGCAUCGGCUUCCACUGUAUAUUUAUUUCUUUGUGUAUCAUGAUGAGAGACCGCCGGGACUGGGGACUGGAGUUGGAUCUGGUUCAGGAUAAUGACGGGAAGAAGUGGCGGGACCGGAUGGAGAGGGAGGCGGGAGAGGUGUACAUAUGUAAAUUGCGUAUGCUUUUUGAUUAUUUACCUUAGGUACCCCUAUCUAUAAUGCAACACGCUGAUGAUUCAACA